GAAAGAUCCAAUUCAUGUAGUUGACACCUUGGGUCUUUGCUGUGAAUCGACUCUUGUCUUUGAUCGGCCCAUUUUCUCACCCAUUUGCUCUUCCGUGGGCCUUCUCUUUUAAGAGGCUGCAGCAAGAGACUUGCUGCCAGGAGUACAUAGACAAGCUAAGAAGUAGAAACCCAGUAUACAGGCAAAAUGGCGGACACCGUGGAGGAUAUGACAACGCUGUCGGAGCUGACCGAGGGGGCAAUUAUGGAGAACCUAAAGAAGAGAUACGCUGCGAGGAAAAUAUAUACAUUCACAGGCUCUAUCCUCGUGGCCCUUAACCCUUUUGAGAAGAUGGACAUAUAUAACCUCCCAAUACUCAAGCAAUAUACACAUCGCCGCCACAACGAAAAUCCGCCACAUAUUUUCGCCAUUGCCGAGACAGCCUAUGCAAACGUACGGAACAGCAAAAUCAACCAGUCGGUUAUCAUCAGCGGCGAAUCUGGAGCUGGGAAAUCGGAGAGCACCAAAGUGAUCUUGCAGUACUUGACCACUGUCACUUCGAAAGAGAGCCAAGAGUCAUGGGUUGAACAGCAGAUUUUGGAGGCCAACACAGUUUUGGAGAGUUUUGGCAACGCCAAAACCGUACGAAAUAACAACUCCUCUCGGUUCGGUAAGUUUAUUCAAAUAAACUUCAACCGGUCCUCCCAAAUCAUUGGCGCCUCUAUCGUAAAUUAUCUGCUGGAGAAAUCACGCAUUGCAAAGCAAGCGCCGGACGAACGUAACUACCACAUCUUUUACGAGCUAGUCGCUGGAGUAAACGAUGCGGAAAGACAGUCGUACAUGUUAGAGGCACCAGACAGUUACUAUUAUCUCAAUCAAAGCGGAUGCAUCGAAAUACCUUACGUCGAUGACUCCAAAAACUUUGAAGGACUGAAGCUGGCGUUGACUGUGUUGAAGAUGUCACCAGUAGAUCAAGAUGCUCUUUUCCGUGCCCUCUCUGCAAUCUUGUGGAUUGGAAACAUUGAAUUUAAGGAGGAAGAUAACAAAGAGUCGGUCAAAGUCCGCAACAUGGAUGUGAUAGAAAAGGUUGCCUCACUGAUGGGGAUCAAUGGAGAGCAUUUGAAGACCGCUCUGUGCUUUAAGAAAUUGGUGAUUCGCGGAGAAACAUCUAUGGUCCCAUACAAGCUCAACCAGGCCAAUGAUACAAGAGAUUCGUUUGCAAAAGCGGUGUACGAUAGUCUUUUCCAGAGAUUGGUGGAGUUCAUAAACAAAUCAUUAACUCCAAAAGAAAAACCGGCAAAUUUCGUUGGUGUAUUGGACAUCUUCGGUUUCGAAGUGUUUAAGCUGAACAGCUUCGAACAGUUUUGCAUCAACUACACGAACGAGAAAUUACAGCAGUUUUUCAAUCAAUUCAUCUUCAAAAUCGAGCAAGAGGAGUACGACAAAGAGGAUAUCAAAUGGGACAAGAUUCAGUUCCAAGAUAACGCACUGUGUUUGGAACUCAUUGAGGCCAAACCCGCUGGCAUUCUCUCCCUCCUGGAUGAAGAAACUCGCUUUCCCAAAGGCACAGACGACUCUUGGCUAAGCAAACUUGAUCAAGCCCACCUAAAGCACCCUCACUAUAUCAAGGCCAAAACUCAGAAAGGUGUUUUUGGCGUAAGGCACUAUGCCGGAGAUGUAAAUUACACAGUUGCUUCUUUCUUGGACAAGAACAAAGAUGCAAUUCAAGAGGAGUUGUAUGAACUGGUCCGAGGGUCUUCGGUACCAUAUAUUGCAAAGGUGUUCCCCAAGGAGGAAAAGGACGAUUCCGGCAAAGGCCCACGGGGCGGUAAACCAACAGCUGGCACCCAAUUUCGGAAUCAACUCGUUUCACUUGUUACAACGCUUGCUGCCACAACACCACAUUAUGUUCGUUGCAUCAAGCCCAAUCAAGAGAAGGAAGCCUUCCAUUUUGAUGAUGAUAUGGUCUUGGCCCAGUUGAGGUACUCUGGUAUGCUUGACACCAUCCGCAUCCGAAAAGCUGGAUAUCCCAUGAGGCUCCCAUAUGACGGAUUCGUGCGAGAAUUCAAGUGUCUCAUACCGGCUGGAAUGGUCUACAAAAAGGAGGACGUGAAAAAGAUAUCUAUUGGGAUAGCCGCUGAAGCAAAUCUUGGUGAUGGUGCGUGGCAGGCCGGCAAGACCAAACUCUUCUUGAAGCAAGAGACCCUUGCCGCCAUUCAAGACCGUGCGGCACAGGUUUUGAGAGCAAAGGUUGUUCUACUCCAAAAAUGCAUGCUGGGAUACAUGUACCGGCAGCGGUAUCUCAGAAUGCUCAAGGCCGCUAGGGUUCUGCAAACCUACAUCAAAGGCUUUAUCUGUAAGAGGCGGUACAAGAGGACCAGUCGUGCCAUUCUCAAAAUACAGGCUGUAGCCCGAGGGUGGUUUGCACGAGAUUAUUACCGACAGAUGCUUGCGGAGAAGAGGGCAGCCGAAAAGAAGGUUGCCGAAAAGAGGAUGGCGGAGAAGCGAGCCGCCGAAAUAGAAUUGGAAGUUCCAGAAGCAACCAAGCUAAGCGAUAUUGGACAGCGGCGAGCUAGCGUUGGUGAAGCACCAGCGUCACUUCCAGCAUCUAGGGAAGACGGUGAAAAGCUUAUUGGCUUCGCAAAAGUGGUCAAUAAAAAGAAGGAAACGACCCCUUCGGCACUGCCGACCGACCUUGCGAUGUCGGUCACACCAGCUGCCGCCAAAAAAGAAGGCGGAGAUAUUGAUAACCUUUUCGCUUUCCUGGGCGACUUUGACCCAACGAAGCGCACAGCCCUAAUAAAGGGGGCCGAUGUACUGGCCGAAAUGGCUGCCGCCCUCACGGCAGACAUUGACUCUCUAUUUGACGAACCUCCCCCAUCUAUCGUUCCCCACCGAGCCGUCAACAGGAGUGUGACGAAUCUUGCCGCUCCGGCUGGAAGACAAUCGGUAGCUGGAAGACAAUCUGUAGGCGUAAGGCCUCAACCUGUGGAACAAAAAGCCACGCCUAGACAGAGCGUGGCGAGCCUUAAUGCUUCCAGAGAUGAUCUUGCGACGGGGACAGGAAAGGUGAUGAAGCAUAAUCCGAUCAUGAAGGAGAGAGAGGCAUCUCAAGAAAGUUUGGUUGAGAAGAUAGAUUACAACUCCCGAGAGUUCUCAAUGGAGGUUUACGCGCAAAAGCACCUUGAACAACACCUUAAAGCAAAUGCAUUUGCCACAAUUACCAAAAAGCGCCAGACGGUGGAUAUGCAGGAGAUGCUUUCUUUCACAAAGAACCCUAUACCGAUGAGUAUGACGAAGAUACCAAACAAGACAGAGGCUUUGGAUCACCUUGCUGUCGACAGCUUUAAGCUCCUCAUGAAGGCCACCGAGCCAGGGGCAAAGAAAGCCGAAGAACUUAUCCAAGCUUAUAUCGGCAAUGGUAUCCAUAACCCAGAGAUCCGCGACGAGCUAUUUGUUCAGAUGAUCAAACAAGUAACCCCACCAAAAGAAACUCUACCAAAAUCCUGGGAACAAAUGAUGGUCAACGGAUGGCAGGUUCUCACACUGGCCGCUGCCUCUUUUCCGCCGUCAAAGAUCUUUGCCAAAUUCCUCUUGGGAUUUGUUCAUAGAACAAUUGAUCACUACGUUACUCAGGAGAAACAUGUAGUGCGAAAGUUGGCCAUCGCUGCCGAAGAGGCCGUUAAACGCGUGAUGUUGAACGGUGCUCGCAAGAACCCUCCUUCAACAUUGGAAAUUAUCACACUAAAGUCAGGGGGAGUGUUACCGUGUCGAUUUAGUCUGCUGGAUGGUAGAGAAUUGGAUAUUGCAGUGGGAUUGACGACAACGGCCGGGGAUAUCGUGAAGGACAUUGCACGCAAAAUUGAGCUGAGGGAUUCGACUGGCUGGUCCCUGUUCGAGGUUACUUUGCGAAGCGAUAGGGCGGUCAAAGCAACCGAUUACAUUGCGGAUUUCAUUGCGGCCUGGGAUAAAGACAAGGACCCUAAGAAGAAGGAUGCAGGGGGUACAAUUCGCAGAAAGAAAGGAGAAACGUCAAUGUCACCAGCAAUUAACAUCGAUGCGAGUCUUGUAUUGAAAAAACGUGUUUUCCGGAACAUUCAUGAGGAGGUAACAGAUCCUGUAGAAUACGCACUUUUAUAUGCACAAGCUGUCGAUGGUGUGGCAAGAGAUCUGUAUCCCAUUACAGAGCGCGUUGCAAUGCAAAUGGCAGCAUUGAGAGCUCAGGUCCUCCUUGGCGACUGCGAUGCGGCAUCUGCUGAAGCGAGAUUCGUUAAAGAACUCAAUGCGUGGGUUGCACCCCGGCUUGUGCCUAAUCAGCCUCGCGAAGCAUGGGUUCAAGGAAUAGUGAAGCAAUAUCAAAAGCUACGCGGCACAACAGCAGAGCAAGCAAAGGUGCUGUAUUUGGAAUCUGUGAAAGAAUUCAAACACUACGGUGCCGCCCUCUUCCCUGUCAAGCAUAAGGGCUUCUGGCCCUACAGUGAAAGUAUUCUGCUCGCCGUGUUCAAUGAGGGCAUUGAUUUUGUUCAUCCACGCACCAAUGAAACGAUUCUUAGUUUCGCAUACAAAGACGUCAAAAGUUACGAGCAUGAGAAUGGGCUGGUCACCAUUAUGGCCGUGCCUGCGAGCGACGACGCCGAGUUUGAGUCCACUGAAGUGUAUCAAUUCUUUACUGAUCAGGCCGAUGAGAUAGUCGGCCUAAUCCGUGAAUACUGCCCAACUACUGAGUACAUGAAAAAGGUGAAAGAGUCAUAUGUGCAGGAUAUGGAUAUAGCUUCGUUACUCCGCGAUGUGGAAAAAUACAGGAUUGCCUUACUAGAGCAUGGCAUCAUGCGAAGACCGGGACCAGAUGGUGGUCCUAGCAAGCGGGGUAAAUGGUCGCCACUCCGCAGACUGGUUACUACCAGCUCGCGUAACAAACCAGCGACCGCUUCAAGUGGGUUGGACGCAAAUACUACCCUGCAGCGCAAAUUAAGCACUGGUAGCCGGAAGGCAACAGAUGAUCAAGAGAGGACAGCAUCGGAUGAAGGACCGGCUUCUGAUGAAUCUAUUGUCAGAUCACCUUCGUUCGCCCAGACACCAGCAGUGGAGGACACUGGAGUAAACCAGGGCAACAUUGAAGACUACACAACUGCCGAUUGGAGCUUCUCAAUGAAACCAUUGGUGACAUCGCUGAUCUCAUUGUCAGACCCAGAGGUGGAGGUGUGGGCCGCGGAAGCAUCCAACACGCUUCACAGCUUCAUCGGCACUGUUGGUGGAUUAGUGCCGGAUGUCGCAACUGGCAAUAUCCCGGCACUUCAAGAAAUUAUAGAAAAGUGCUUAGAGUUACCAUACCUGGCAAAUGAACUCUACCUUCAGCUCAUCAAAUAUACCACGAACCAUCCUGAGGCUGACAGCAUGCAGGCCAUCAAUAUGUGGAAGCUCAUGUCCAUCGUCACGGGUGUUCUUGCACCAAGCGGAUGGAUAUUGGAAUACGCGAAGGCACAUCUACGGCGCUGCAGCGUUGUUGAUAUGAAAGCAAAGAAGCCUCGUACGGAAGAAGCCCAACAUGCACGACACUGUCUCCGGACAUUGCACAAGACCAUUGGUGCAGGACCACGCAAGUGCCCGCCAUCGAGGGAUGAAGCCCUUCAAGCGGCGAAGUUAACUCCAAUGCGGAUCCGGUUUCAUCUUAUGGAUGGUCAAUCGCGUGCAAUUCCAAUUGAGCCUCCGGACACAUGCGAAAUGGUGUAUAGCGCCCUCCUUGAGAGGGUGAAACUGCAAACGCUCCAUGGAUUUGCGAUCUAUGAACAUUUUGGAGGCAUCGAACGCGCGCUGAAUCGGGAGGAGAGGAUCGCAGAUUCUCUUUACAGAUGGGAAAAGAUCGCAAAGGCAGAAAAUAGCACAGAGCAUGUGCGCUUUGUUUUUAAGAAGAGAAUAUUCUUGGAUCCUUUGCAACCCUGCAAGACCGAUGCGGAAGAAAAGCUGGUCCGGGCACAAGCAUUGGCAGACGUCGCUCGCGGUGUAUUCCCCGUGACGGAGGAUGAAGGGAUCUUCCUUGCCGCUCUGCAUGCGCAAGCUCACUACGGCGAUGUCAAUUACGACGCACCUGUUAACUACCAAAAUUUGUGUUCCAGCUAUAUCCCACAGCGCUACCGCCAAGUUGGCGUAGAAAAAAAGGUGGAAGAAAAGCAUAUGGAGUUUCUGGGAACGAGUGCUCUACAGGCAAACACAGAAAUUUCACAAUUUAUCCGUUCUUGGCCGUAUUAUGGAUGCACUAUCUUCGAAGUUGGGCAAAAUUAUAGCAAGGAUAUCCCAAGCUCAUGUUGGCUGGCUGUUAGUCCAACAGCCCUCCAUAUCUUUGCUCGGUUUGCAAAGACACCACUGAUCACGCACCCGUACAACGAUGUAGUGAGCUUCAGCCCAUCAUUAAACAGCCUGCUACUUAUAACAGGAAGUCAGUCUGCAGGCUCCAAGUACGUGUUUACGACCCCUCAAGCAACGGAACUCGCUGCCCUUAUCCGAGAGUACAUGGACAUAGCUUUAGGACCGCAGCGACGAGCCGCAGGUGGAGACAAGCCCCGCGGCUCUCACCUGCACCUUGCUGGUGGAGAGAAGUCUCGCCCAUUCCAUUACGCAGGAUAAGUUGCGGGUGCCUCAGAGCGGAAGGAAAUAGACCGUGCUUCUUGGUUGUAUUUACUCGUCAUUAAUAAUUUAAAAUCCUAUAUACACU